AUGGAUGGUCAGCCAGGUGCAGCCGCAGAAGACACCGCGAAUGCUAUAAUUGCCACAUUGAAUGCGUUAAGGGCUUCCGUAGAAGAGCUUAGACAAAGCACUGCGGAGAGUCAAAGAGACAUCAUUAGGCUUCGCGAAGGCAUGCAGCCACAGAAUGUUCCAGAACAGAGCGUGCAGCCAGCACAGCGUGACAAUACUCAAGCCGUCGUAGCACCGACCGACUCGCAAACAAAACUUUACGAUUUGCCUGUGUUCAGCGGCAAUGUCGAAGACUGGCCGCUAUUUUUCGCGAAUUUCAACGACACCACGGAAAACUUUGGAUACAGCCACCGCCAAAACCUUAUGAGGUUGCAGAAGUGCUUAGUUGGUCCCGACAAAGAAGCUGUCGCCGCCAUGCUAAUUUACCCGAGCAACGUGCCGAACGUCAUAAGCGAGUUGGAGUUCAGGUUCGGGCGACCCGACAUUUUGGUUAAAUUCCAAAUCAGCAAACUGCAGAAUUUCCCGCCAAUAGCCGAUAAUAAGCCGGAGCAGAUUGUACCGUUUUCCUCAAGAGUGAGAAAUGUUGUUGCAUUUCUGAAGUCUGCAAAUUGCCAGCAGCACUUAGCUAACGUAACAUUGUUAGAGCAAAUGGUGGGUAAGUUACCGCAUACCCGACAGUUCGACUGGGCGAAGCAUGCUGCGACUAUACAACCGUAUCCGUCAGUUGAACAUUUUUCUGAGUGGCUUAGCGAGUUGGCUAGAAUAAUUUGUCUUAUGCCGACAAACAACACACAGGGUGGCCGGCAGACUGCAUCGUCGGGCAAUCAUCGUCGGCUGAUGCAUAUUGAGCGGCCAAGGGACUCACUUGCUUGCUAUCAGUGUAGUGGUAACCACAUGCUUGCACAGUGUGAAUCGUUUAAGGCAAGCAGUAUUCAAGAGCGGUGGGACCUGGUUAAGGCACAACAGCUUUUCUUUUCGUGCCUACGCAAGGGGCAUUCCACGCAAAAGUGUCGUUCAAGAAGGAGGUGUAACAUAAGUGGCUGCCAGCGCUAUCACAACCAGCUACUCCACAACGAAGAUGCAACAAUGCAGAUGCUACGCCGAACUACACCAGAGGACGUUAUUGCGCAGCCACUACUGAAUUGUCAAGUAACACAAAGCGCACAUGGUCAACUGUUUAAAAUAUUGCCAGUCAACAUAUAUGGACCGAAAGGUAAGCGUGAGAUAUUAGCGAUGUUCGACGAGGGUUCGUCAAUUUCAAUAAUGGAAGAGGAAGUGGCCAAGAUGAUCGGAGCCCAGGGUGGCUUGCAUCCACUUACGCUGCAGUGGUAUGACAACAACGUUGUUACGGAACAAUCGCAUAAAAUCAGCAUCGAAGUUGAGAACUGCGCAACGAAGAGGAAGUUUCUACUGAAGGAGGUAUAUACGGUGAAGAACCUGAACCUGCCGGAGCAAUCUAUGGCCAAGGAAAAUUUUCAGAAUUUGAGAGAUUUGCCGAUAAAAAAACUACUGUCGCGCGAAACCAGCUUUGCUCAUCGGGCUAAAGCAUGCAUACAAUAUCAGCAACUGCACGACUUAGUACACGAGUACUUCACAGCAGACAGCUUUAGAGUCAACCCGCCAGCAGUGCCAUUGGAGUCAGAUGAAGACCAGCGAGCACGUGAGAUAUUGCGCCGAACAACAAGACGAGUAGGUAAGCAAUAUGAAACCGGUUUACUGUGGAGAACAUAUCCACCGAAGUUGCCAAACAGCAAAACAAUGGCCGAGAAACGCUUACUGACAGCGGAGCGCCAAAUGAAGAACGAUGCCGAGUUUGGUGCACGAUACCGAAAGGAAAUGGCUAAGUACGUGAGCAAUGGGUAUGCCAGAAAGUUAAGCCGUGACGAAGCCGGAGAGCCACAUCAAGAUGCUUGGUACUUACCUCACUUCGCUGUAAUCAAUCGACAUAAGCCCGAAAAGACGCGAAUCGUCUUUGAUGCCGCAGCCGCAGUAAGCAACGUGUCACUCAACUCGAAACUAAUGAAGGGUCCGGAGCAAGCACAGCCGUUGAUACGGAUUUUGCUACAAUUUCGCCAAGGACGUGUCGCAGUGUCAGCAGACAUACGCGAAAUGUUUUCGCGGAUCAAGAUACGCGCAGCUGAUCAGCACGCUCAACGGUACUUGUGGCGUGAUGGUGAUGCGAGCAAGCCUGUGGCAGAGUAUGUGAUGACGUCGCUAAUUUUCGGUGCUGUUUGCUUACCCUGCAUCGCCGAAUAUAUAAAAAAUAAAAACGCCGAGGAGUAUCGGGCACAGUUUCCAGACGCCGCAACGACUAUAAUUAACAAGCAUUAUGUCGAUGAUUUAGUUGCAAGCUUCGACACGCCUGAACAAGCCAUCAGUAUCUGCAGCGACAUUGUCAGCAUCAAUUCACAAGCAGGUUUCGAGUUACGUAACUUCGUCUCCAACUGCGAAGAAGUAGAAGAUCGUUUGAAUCAUUCGUCAUUAUCCGCGAGAGAAGUGGUUAGUCUGGAACGCAACGAGUCAGUGGACAAAGUGCUUGGCCUCUUCUGGAACACUAGCGAUGACGUUUUCGAAUUCCACACGAAGUUCCACCGUUUGCCGAAAGAUGUCCUGCACGGAACGCGAGCUCCGACAAAGCGAGAGUUGUUACGAAUCGUGAUGUCGGUGUUCGAUCCAUUUGAUGUGGAAGCACAUCUUGACGCCGACGAUGUAGCAUUCUCAUCUUCAUUUGAAAACAAGGCCCCUUGCACCGGUGCAACACAACUUUCCACAGCUAGUACAUGA